AUGGGUCCGUGCGUCUCGAAGACGUUCGAACCGCCGCCGUCCGUCGUCGUCGUGCGCGAUCGCAAGUGCCACGACGAUUAUCGCGUCGGCGCGAAGAUCGGCGAGGGCGCGCAGGCGGUCGUGUACGAGGCGCGCUGCAAAGUCACGGGCGCGCGCGUCGCGGUGAAGCGCACGCGCGCGAGCUCGUUCUCGAACGCGAAGCUCGACGAUGCGCUGCGCGAGGUGGAGCUCCUCCGGCUGUGCCAUCACCCCAACGUCAUCGAGGUCCGGGCCGCGUAUCGAUCGAAUCGCGACGUGUGCGUCGUCCUCGAACACUGCGACGGGUUUCACCUCGUGCAGUACUUGGUGCAGCUGGACAAGGAGCUCGACGCCGGGAGGCCGGCGCGCGAGAUCACGGACGAGAAGACGUCCGUGCUGCGGCAGCUCGUGGACGCGGUCGCGCACGUGCACUCGCGAGGCGUGGUGUUUCGAGAUCUGAAGCUUCAGAACGUCAUGGUGUCGAGGGCCUCGCCGCGAAGGGUGACGCUCAUCGACUUCGGACGCGCGGCGCACAUGACGAGGGAGGACAGGCGAACGCAGAAGACGCCGCCGAUGGGGACGUCGCUGUUUAUGGCCCCGGAGGUGGAGUCCAGGGACGUGUACGGGCAGCAGUCGGACAUGUGGGCGCUCGGCGUCAUCGUCUACUUUUUCGUCGGCGGUCGAAUGCCGUUCGAGCACUCGGUGAGCGGUCUGUACAAGGUCCUCAUGGGUCAGUACGAGCCGUUCGACAAGUGCUUCAGCGAUCAGGCCAAGGACGUCGUGAGUCGGCUGCUACUCGUCGACCCGGAUUCGCGAUUGAACGCGCCGCAGUGCGCGCAGCACUCCUUCUUCUCCGCGAAGGGCGCGUCCGCGGCGGCGGCCAUCGCGAAGAAGCUUCCGACGCGCGUGCGGACGUCGCCGGCGACGAUGCGCGCGUUGGAAACGCACGAGUCCAUCGUGACCGGGACCGCGAGGUUGCUCGCGGAGACGCUGAACGACGAGGAUUUACUCACGCUGCAGCACUGGGUCGAGAUGUCCGCGGAGACGACCUUCGCGGAGGAAUCCGCCGGGUCGUCGAGAGGUCGCCUCGAGGAGGAGUCCGUCAGAGCGUCCAGGCGCUCGAAAAGUGGCGCGGGCGCGGGCGGAGGCGGAGGCGGAGGCUCCGCGCGCUCGAAAGACGCCGCGGCGCCCGGGUCGGGGUCGCCGCUGGAGAGGCUGUACAUCGAGAUGCGCGACGUCGGCGAGGCGAGCGUUAAGCGCGGAAGGCUCUCCCUGGACGGGCCCGAGGAGGCGCCCGUGAUGGCGUCGUCCGCGCCCGAGUCGUCCGCGCCCGCCGCCGCGCCGCCCGAGUCUUCUUCCUCGACGUCGACGCGACGCGGGAGCGAGUUCCUCGCGCGCGGGGGGCUCCUCGCGACCGCGCACAAGCACGGGUACUGCUCCUUAGACGAGCUCAUCGCCGCGUGUCACAGCACUGGGUGCGUCUCCCUCGGGGAGGCGAUCGAACGCGUCAAGGUGAGAAGGCCCGUCGUUUCGUUUCGUUUCGUUUCGUUUCGUUUCGUUUCGUUUCGUUUCGUUUCGUUUCGUUUCGUGGUCGCUCUUCGCCCGCGCGUCGCGGUCGUGCUUCUCUUUUCGUAUCCUUUCUUUCUUUUCCUUUCGACGAGGGGUGGGCGGGGAGAUGCGACGGCAAAAGUCCUUAAGGAUCGGCGUUCACCACGCGGACGGGGUCGUAUGGGGACCAGUGACGAACUCCGAAAGCGACGCGUGGACGAGCUGAUGCGAACGGGUCUGAAGACGACGGCGCAGAGCAACGCGCUCCUGGACACGAUGUUGUUCCGGUACCGGGAGCUUUUCUCGAGGGUUACGACGCUGCGCGAGGAGAUCGCCGGGGAGAGAGAGACGGAGAGGGAGGACGCGGACAUCGCGCCCAGCCAAUCAGCUCACGCCACGUCGUCUUCGGACAGCGCGUCGAUCCAAUCAGGUCGCGCCACGAGGGAGAGGGAGGGGAGGCGGGGGGAGGGCGCGGGGUCGGGGUCUGCGGCGUCGGAGCGGCCGACGAGCGACGUCGCUCGAAGAGCCGCGGACGGCGAAGCGCGCGCGGUAGGGUAG